UAGUGAGUCUGUGAAAGUGUGAGCGACUAUCGGACGACGACAGAAACAACGACGACGACGAGGAGCAGAAACGACUUUACUUUUGAGUUUUGUUUCGUGCACACGCGCACCGUUCACCAAGCAAACAAAAAAUAAAAAAUAAAUAAAUAAAACCCACACAGGCAACUCUGAUUCCAGCUGGCUAUUUAAAAAGGCAGCAAAUCCAACAUCGCACAUCGAACAUUGAACAACACUGGCAGAAGAUCGAACAGUCAGUCGAUUCAAUAAGUGGAACACGUGCAAAGAUGUCGCAUCAGUGCAGCUGCGGUCGCGAUCUGAACAACAAUUACGUGUCCUACACGAGCGCCUACGCCAAUGCGAAUGCGGGCCUGGAUCGCGAUGCCAACGCGAACGCGAGCAGCAAAAGCAGCAGCGGCUCGCUGCCACAUGCACAGCUGACGGCCAAGGUGAUGUUCGGCACAGUGGGCGCCAUCAAGGAACUGCGCGACAAGGAGCAGCAACAGUCUCGCCAUGCGACGACCCGUGCCGGCGAUAGACGUAACUAAAUAUUGAUCGAAUGUGGAAUGUGAAACGUGGGCUGUGGAAUGUGGGAUGUGUUCCAGCCAGGCAGAGGCAGAGGCGAAGGCGAAGGCGCAGUCGAAGGAAGCCAGCCUUUUUGUUGAACCGAGUCGAGUGCUGUGCUGAGAAUUCUUUGGGUAGCGCUGGAUGGAGGGAUGGAGGGAGGGAGGGGAGGGGGGGUCAUGUUAGAGGCUUAAAAAGUGCUUAAGGGGCAAUGCAAUUGGUUGGGGGCAAGUGUGCAGCGAAGAGUUGCAAUAAGUUACAAUUAGGCAAAUGAAACACAUUCCGUGCUGUAGAAUUGGUUUCGAGUUCGAAAUCGAUAUCGAAUCCGUAUCCGUAUCCGUAUCCGUAUUCGCAUCCGUAUCCGUAUCCUUAAACACAUGCAGCUCCUUUGCACACUUUACAACACUUGCGGUUGUCACACUUUAUCUUCAUCCAUUUCUGUGUUUUCUGUUUCUAUUCCUUCUCUUUCUUGGAGAUUCCUUCUGCACAGUUAUAGUGACUGUUUUAUUUUUUUUUAGCAUAUUUCCAAUGUGUGACGUGGCCAGCAGGAACUAUAAAUAGUUUUUCUUUUUUUGUCUAUUUCUUUUUCUUCUGUCAAAGCUCUGCGCAGUUUCCCGCAAAACAUUUUGAAAGGCUUUUGGGUGUAACUGUUAUACAUAUAUGCAUAUGAGGAUAUAACUUGAUGUUUGAAAUUGAAAUAUAUGUAAAUUGUUUAUCAUAUUUAUACAUACUAUACUCCUAUACAUACAUAAUACUAUAUAGUGCAAUACUUUAGCUAUAUACACGCAUACCCACAACACACACCUACACACAAUCACACUCACACACACACAAUUACAUUAUGCAUAGCUUUAGGUUUGCUUUAGCUUUUAAGUGCGAAACAUUUUACAACAACAAUUCGUAUUGAGCUUUGUUAGUUAUUUUUGUGUUAUUGUUUUUUUUUUUUUGGGUCCGCUUCUGGAGAUUUCCAGACCCAAGCCGCAGUCGCCACUGUAACUAAAUGCAAAGCACGUAGACACAAAGCAGACAGAUUUCCACUACUUACAAAACUACUACUUAAAAAACUGAUAUUUUGUUAAUUAAUAUAAUAUAUUCGAGACGACAAUCGAUAUCGUUCGUAAAAUGAAAACACAAAAUACGAAAAAUCGUAAAACCUAAAAUACAAAAAGCAGUUUCAUGUUUGCUCAAGUGAUUUUUACGAAAAUGGAAACUUAUCGCAUCGAAAUUGACCAACUGAAAUAAAUAAAAAAACAAACAAAAAACAACGAAACGAGAAACGAGAAAAGCAUCAACAGGAACUUGGAAAUCGUUUGCAUAUAAACAAACAUAUAUAUGUAUAUUAUUAUAUUUAUUAUAUACCUAACUAUAACUUUACAAUAUAUAAAACCUUAUGUACUGCCUAUUUAUAAUGUUAAACUUAACAAUAACACUCAAGAUAUGCAAAUAAAAUAUCAACUUUUUAAUCAA